AGGAAGUCUAGAGGUGGUGAGAGACAGUAAGGGCGCACCGGCCAAUCACAGGGCAGGUUAAGGAAUCAUCACUCCAGCUCCGCGCAGCCGGCUUUUCCCUCGCAUUGACGACCUCCGACUUUCAACCUCCUCCCAUCGCCGCCACCGCCCUCGCACUCUCCUCUCCGGACCCUCGCCAUGCCCGCCCUCACUACCGCAUCCCGUACGCUCGCGCGUUCGUGGACCGCCCACCAAUUGCCCGCCGUGCGCGCCUCCUGCUCGGCCAUCCAGACACAGACCCGUUCUGUGUCCGAGGUCUCGACUACAUCGUCCUUCGACUCACCCUUCAAGGGCCUGGGCAGCUCCCAAGGCACGACCAAGAUCCCCAGCUUCGCAAAGUACAGGAACAAGAGCGGCGAGAGUUCGACGAAGGUCUUCCAAUACUUCAUGGUCGGCACGAUGGGCGCCAUCACGGCUAUGGGAGCAAAGGCGACCGUGCAAGGUUCGUGGAGCUUUUAUCGAUGGAAAAACGGAGUCAAUUGGCUUGGAAUUGGCUGUGUGGACGGGACUGGGGACAAUGGGGGCGCACAAUUGAUGGACUGGACGGGUUUAUGAUAUACAUGGGAGAGGAGGGCUAAUAAGACAUCACUCGCAGACUUCCUCGUCAACAUGUCCGCCUCCGCCGACGUGCUUGCUCAAGCCAAGGU